GCUCCGCGCCGCAGCCGGGGGGAGGUGGAGCCGCUUUAUCGAGAGCCGAAGUGGAAAUUUCCCCCUCAGUUGCCGGCUCCGCCGCGGAGGAGAGGCUACCGAGAGCCGCUCGCCCGUGCCGCGUCCCGUCCAACUGACCGCCGCCGUUGCCGCCAUGUCCAACUACAUCCACGUCCCGCCCGGCUCCCCGGAGGUGCCCAAGCUGGACAUCACUGUCAGCGAGCGGGAGGGGCCCGGCUACCGCCAGGGCGCCCUGCAGCUCCUGCGCCGCCUGCGGCCCCACUGGAGACCCGAGGAGGUGACGCUGCAGCUGUUCACCGAUGGAAUCACCAAUAAACUAAUUGGCUGCUACGUGGGUGACAUAACAGAUGAUGUGGUUCUAGUUAGGAUUUACGGAAAUAAGACCGAGCUCUUAGUAGAUCGAGACGAGGAAGUGAAGAGUUUCCGUGUGCUGCAGGCUCAUGGCUGUGCACCUCAACUAUACUGUACUUUCAAUAAUGGCCUGUGCUAUGAGUUCAUGCAGGGAGAAGCACUGGAUCCAGAGCAUGUAUGCAAUCCAGAUAUUUUCAGACUCAUUGCCAGACAGCUUGCUAAAAUCCAUACUAUUCAUGCACACAAUGGAUGGAUCCCUAAAUCUAAUCUGUGGCUGAAGAUGGGGAAAUACUUUUCUCUCAUACCCACAGAAUUUAUGGAUGAGGAGGUAAAUAAGAGGUUUUUAAGUGACAUUCCAAGUCCUCAAGUUCUUCAGGAAGAGAUGGCCUGGAUGAAGGACAGACUGUCAAAUUUAGGAUCACCAGUGGUACUCUGUCACAAUGACCUGUUGUGUAAGAAUAUUAUUUACAACAAGAAACGAGGUGAUGUGCAGUUCAUAGACUAUGAAUACUCUGGAUACAAUUACCUGGCUUAUGACAUUGGAAAUCACUUCAAUGAAUUUGCAGGAGUAAAUGAGGUAGACUACAGCCUUUAUCCUAACAGAAAAUUACAGGAACAAUGGCUGAGAUCUUACCUUGAGGCCUACAAAGAAUAUAAAGGAUUUGGCACAGAAGUCAGUGAAAAAGAAGUUGAAGUUCUAUAUGUCCAAGUCAAUCAGUUUGCACUGGCUUCCCACUUCUUUUGGGGAUUGUGGGCUCUAAUUCAAGCCAAAUAUUCCACCAUUGACUUUGAUUUUCUAGGGUAUGCAAUUGUUCGGUUUAACCAGUAUUUCAAAAUGAAGCUGGAGGUCAUGACGUUAACUCUUCCUGAGUAAUAAAGAGGAACAAACUUACCAAGUGGAUGGACAACCCCUGAAUCUUUUCUGAGAACAGAUACUGGAAAAAGCUAAACAUUUGUUGAAGUUCUGUAAUGCUCACUUGGUGGUUCUUGCUUUAUAAAUAAUGCCUCUAAACAGUCCUUCAAUGUUAAAUUUAGUUUGAAGAGCAUACGUACUGCUGUUGAUAUAAAAUGGAUUAGAAACUUGCUAAAUCUAUAAAAAGUUGUAGAAAUGGCAAUUUAAUCCUUCUUUGUAAUUUAACAUAUGUUGUAUGUGAAUUAUUUAUUAUAAGUUUAACAUGAUUCCAUUGCUGCUUUCAUUGGUUUUGUAAAAGUUGGGUGCAGACAGUGAGGUUGUUCCAAAGGAUUCAUUUAACAACUUAUUUUAUUGAAGUUGCAUUAACUUAUAAUAAAGAAAACAUGGUUAGAGAAUAUUAACUUUUUAGAUGUAUACAAGCAAAAUAUGAGUGAUAAUAGACUAGUGAGAUCACCAGUGUGCUGUAACUAGGGAGAAAAGUUAGGGUGAUCUUCCCCCCCCCCCUUUUUUUUUUUUUAAAAAGAAGGUAGCUUUCCAUAUGAUGGUACUUUUCUUUUGUAUAAGAAUCAACCACCUUGCUGAACUGAUAAAUAAUGUUUUGAUUUUUCCUUAUUGAUGCCGUUAAGCUGUUAGAAAUGUUGAAGUUCUGUGGCCAUCAGUUUCUUUGAGGAUAUGUACCAUCAUAGUCCUAGAUGGACAACGUACCAUCUCUAACUUCUGUGGGAAAGCCGCUUGUUUAUUAAGUGUACUUUUAAAGCAGAAGACCACUAUUCCAAAUUGAUGUUCCUUUUUUUUUGAAACUUGAUUCUAAAUUUGAACACUAUUCUGGUGUCUGUAUUUGUGCUUCAGCAGCAUCUAGUGGAACGGACUAUUGAACUGAAGAUUAGUGAACAGAGAUCCUGUUGCACUGGGGAGCAAGACAUUUUAGGUUUACAGUUCCUGUAUUGUUGACAUCUUUCUACUUUGUCAUCUUCUAACCUUGGAUUUUAGUCUUAAAUGCUUGGGCCUGUAGCUGCAGAUUCUGGUAUGUCUGGGGCCUUUUUUUAGAUUUGUGGUGGGUUGUUUUGUUGUUGUUGGUUGUUUGUUUUUUUUUUUUUUUCCUCCUGUGGCAGCAAAUUACUUUUCAAAGUCUCCAGUCUGAAGGGAUAAUAUGGAAAAGUAUGACUUGAAAAAUGGAGCUUUGAUCAUCACACACAUUUUCUUGUUUCUUAAAGCUGUUAUACCAAGAAUGGUCUGGAUUACAAAAUGUGAACUGAAAAGAAAAUGUUUACUUAACAAAAUAAUGUAUAAGUUUGAGUGGAAAAGAGGCUUUAAAUCUGAAAGGGAGGGUGUGGGGGGUGGGGGUGGGAAGGGGAAGAAACCCACAACAGAAAAAUAAAACCCAACAAUGCAGUGUGGAGUUGGGCAGGCAUGUACUCAACUCUGAUCAUACUCUGAAAAACUUUGCACUUUGGUCACAUAAGUGCCCACGUGUACAAAGUCUGUGUGUGUGCAUAUACAUGUGCAAGCGCAAACUUACCUGAGGAGUAAAUAUUAUGGGGAGUCUGUUGUACAGACUCCAGCAAAGAUAUUUAUUCAAAAUUGCUUUAUGGCACACUGUGUGUUUGUGUGUGUAUGUGUAUACACACACAUAUAUAUACAUGCACGUAUGUGCUUUACAAAAGCUUGGAUUGAUUCAGGACAAAGAAAAUUGAUGUGAAUGAAAAACUUUCACCUUGAAAGACCAUUUUGAAUGGCAUUCUGUUAUUUUACAAAAGCAAGGUUUGGGAUUUUUUUUCCCCCCUGGUUUAUAUUCAUCUCUGAAUGUUUCCAAUUUUUUUUUAUUUCCUUCAGCCAAAACCUUAAAAAUCCUAAUACAAGUGGGAGAACUGGAAUUUUUUGUAAUUUGAAAUUGCAUAACCAUUUUUGUUAGCAUUUGUUAGCUGGAGGCUACUAUACUGGACAGUUUUUCUUAGUAGCUAAAUAGAAACAAAUAGCUAAAAUAGACAUUUAUAUUUUCCUUUGUAGCAGUUACCAAGGAUGUUGCUAGAGCUCGUGAGAGCACAGAAGACACUAGUUUUCUGUGCGUUCUCCCUGUUGACAUUGACAUACGUUGAAUAAUACCCUGCUGUCUUGGUAGUCCCUUUAAGUUCAGCAAGAUCUGCUUGGAAGUAAGAUUGAUAAAGAUUUUUGAACUCGUAUUACUAUUUUCUUCAAGUAGUGGCUUUAUUUCUGGUAGUGUUGCUUUGUAUUUGUGAAAUAUUUGAAAAAUGCUGUGAUGUUGACUUGGUCUUGGGGAAUCUGACACUUGAUAGAUCCCAACUUUCCCAACAGUUGGUAAUCCACAUUCCCUUUUCAGGUACCAGUACUAUUUAAGUUUGGAGUUGGUGUAAUUUUUUUUCAGUAUAGUAUUUUUGUUUGUAUAGCUCAAGUAGCAAUAACUGUAGGAGUGGAAGCUUGCUUCUGCAGAACCAAAGCUCUUCAUGAGUGCAGCUCGAUCUCAUUCUUGUGGAGUGAAGUUCCACUGAAUCCCAUAAAAGCACUUUGAAGCAGAUAGUAAAUACUGCAAGCUUUUCCUGAGCCACUUCGAAGAAGCACAAGGAUUAUCACAGGUUACAGUGAUUGACUUCGCAGUACUGGUAGAGGCUUUCAUUUUGCAUGUCGAAAUUCAUUUUACACACUUAAAUGCUGCUUUGCAUUAGCUUUCUGUCAAGACAAGUGCAGGUUAAAACAAUUCCUGGAUAAGUUCUGAGGAAAUACUGUAAAACAAUUCCCAAAAUGAAAUGCCAGUUACCUUGAGCCUUGUUCCACAUCUGUUUGAGCCAGUAGCACUCUGAUAUUCUCACUUGCUAAGGAAUAUCUACAGAUGUGUUAAGUUUGAAGCAGUAGCUUGCAAUAGCAUUGCAGAUAAGGUAGCUUGAAACUGUGAAUACAGGACAUUCUGAAUGUAAGAUAGGUACUAGAGCACCGAACUAGAGAACAUGUACGUGUUUCAAUUAAUUAAUCUCAGUCUGUUUAAUAGCAAUGUUAAGAUAUUUGAAGGAGGACAAAAAAAUGACUGAGCUCUAGAAACAUCCUUAAGUAGUUUUGACUGUGACUUGCCAAGAAGAUCUUCUGUUGCCUUUAUGUUAAGCUAAGGGCACGAAUGCCAAAUUAAUAAUUCUUACUGUAGUUACCUGUAUUGUAAAUAUAAAGAGGGUUAUUAGUAAUGGCAUUCUUGCAUAAAUAGCAUCAAGUCAAUAGACCAUAGUGGCCUGGUUGCUUUUGUAAAGCAGAAGAGUGUGAAUUUUUUUCUUCUCAUUUUUGCAGUCAGAUCUGGCUAAUCCAUGCCUAAUUUCAUAAGUUACCCGAGCGUUAAAGACUUCUGAAAAGUAACAUAUUUACACCUCUCGAUCUGCAUUUUAAAAGGACGUAGCAAAUUUGCAUUAACCAGGUCUGACUGUGUAUGUAUAUACAACAGUGUAAAUAACCAUUUGUAAAUUAGUGUGAAUUGUACUGUAUCUUGCAUUUAUGGACUUGUGUAUUGCAUUGUAUUCUCUCCUAUUUUGUAGAAAUUUUGAUGUAAAGAAGAAAUCUAACUCUGUGUGCAGACUUCUUUUGUUAACUUGACCUGUAUCAGAGCAUAAUAGUUUCAUGUUAAGGUAUCCAUUUAUAGCCUUGGGCAUCCAGUGUCUUUUUCCCGUUAUCUUUUUUGACAUCUUGCUCUUGGGAAUGAUUCUGGGAAUAAAAGAAUUUACACAGUACUAAAAUGAAGAGAAAGUCUAUUCUAAUAAUAGGGCAAACUAUGUGUCAGAGGUACAUGUAGUACCUGUGGUAUAGGGAAGGCUGUUACAAUUGUUUACUUAAACUUCCAAAAAUUUCUUAUACAUUCUUGAAUGCUGGAGACUUCUAAACAUUAGCAUGUUGAAUUGAAGUACUCUUAAAGUGUGCGCUCCCGUGGUGACAGCAAUUGAGUUAGUUGUGGUAGAAGUCCCCUAACUUCAAUGUUUUUGGUGGAUAUAGCCUUAUAAUAGGAUUAGUUGCUUACUUGUAAAUGCUUAUAAUAAAUGCCCAAAUCACUAAGUUCUGCUGGUCAUUUUCCUCAGCACUAGAACUAUUGGUAGCCCCUUUAGACUAUUUGAAACCUACCUGAGGUAUUUUCCCUGUGUGCCAUUCCCUCCACCUCCCCGUGUCCACAACCCUACUUCAUUAGGGGAAACAAGAAUAUGAAAAGCUUCCUUUCCGUACUUAAUCAUCACUAAUCAUCACCUUUUUGACUAAAAUCUUGUUUUAUUUUGUCAGUACAUAACUUCUUAUAAGAAUUUUUCUGCAUAGGAAGUCCCUCUCUGAAGAGGCCUUUAAUCCUGGAAGCAUAGACAGGUAGUUUUCCCCAAAUGCCUGACUGUUUAAUUACUGUUGCCUUUCACUGUUGGUUUUGAACUCCAUCCAUAGUGUCCUUCAAGCUGUUAGUUUAUUCCUGUCACUGAUGCGUUUAAUAACUCUGGAAAGUACAGGUGUGCAGGUCUUGUUGUCCAUGUGACAAAUUGAUCUUGAUACAGUUUGUACAUCCUGUCAGCUUCACCUGCACCGGAUGAAAGGUACGCAUGCUUAUCAGUGCUGACACUGUAAGUUACUUGGGUCCUGGGAAGUGAGUUUAUCAAAGUAGUAUUACUCAAGAGGAGGGGUGGGCUCAGUAAAUAUAAGAAAAAGGAAAUCAUUCACAUGGAAACUCAAGCUCAAGCUUUUGAUGUAGCAGGUAUUGGGUAUGCCCAUUUACUUGCAUGGUGUAAGGACAAGAGCAAAUUGUAAAGGGUAAAGUUUGUUUCAAAAUGAAAUUCAGAUUUUUUAAAGCCUUUGGUAGCUAAUAAAAGCUUAUGAAAUAGCCUUUUGUUACUCCUACCGAAAGAAAUCUUAGAACAAAUUUUGGUAACUUUCUGAUUAAACAAGACUUGGUUCUGUAACCCAGUGGAAUUCAAUCUCUUGCUUGGGGUAGUCCUUCUUAUGGUUUGCCGAGGAGGCUGACCACAUCUUCCUUGGCUGGCUGGCUGCUUGUGUUUUGCUUUCAUGUUUUUCUAUUUACUCUGUUCUUGGAUGCCUUCUAAGGUGUGCUAGAUUACUAAACCACUGGAAAUAGCUCCACCUCCUAUCAUCUCUUCCACACCAGGUGGGCUGUAACUAUAGUGGUAGAGCAUUUGAUCAAACCUUGAGGUAAUGCAAGGGGGAAGAAUUCCUCCCCCUGCCCCUUUUAUUACUGCGGGGCUGCAAGCUGAUUGUUUUCAUUAGUUGUGAAAGAUACAAAAAGCCGUGACCUUUGGUCUUGUGCAAGGAGGUGUUCUGUUAGCCAACCACAUGACUUUAGCAGUGAGAACCCGCACAAAUCCAGGUGGGACAUGUUGGAAGAAACCAACUUUGUGGUGCUUAGACCUCUGGAGUGGAAAGGAAAAUGUGCAAAACGCUUGCAUGUGCCAGUUGUAUGGAGGUGCUCUGAGUGAUGUGCCGAGACACUGAAAGAGCAUUGUAUGAUUCUUUUUUAAAGUGACUUUUCCAUUUGGUCUGAUGUGUAGAGAUUAAGUUCCUGUGGUUAGAAAACCAGUUAGCCUGGGGGGAGGGGGAAGAAUAAUUCUAAAAGAUUAUUUAAAAAACAAAUGAAAAAACCCCAACCAACCAAACCCUAUGCCGUUGAUUAAUUUGCAACGCUUAAGUAUGUGUUGGGCUUUUCUAUGUGUUUAAUAGUACAGGUGGUGGUCUAGCACCAGAUUCUUUAAUAAAAGGGUUUAUUUUUGUUGCGAAAUGCCAGAAAACUGACUGGAAUAGCCCCAAAGCCCAUUAUGAUCUUGGAACAGGUGGCCAGACUUCACCAGAUUACCAAACUUCUGUGUCAAGAUCUUAGGUUAGCUUCUUCUGUAGCCUUCUAAAAUUGUAGAGCUGUUGUCUCGGGUGUCCUACCGUGUGGAACUCUAAUUCACAGACUUCCCAAAUAGGUUUGAUUUGAUGCUUAUAGAGACAUGACACAGAAAACUUGGUGGAAAUUAAAAGUUGUGUGAAUAUUUAGAAAGAAAACAAAUUACUUGAAAUCUAACAAACCUUGAAAAUAAAUGCUGAAAUAGCUUCAGGUACUGCACCAGCCUACUUGUGUGGUAUCUCAGCUGUGUUUUUUCAGUUAAGUGUUCCUCCCCCCAGCCCCGAGUUCCAUUCCAAACACAAGAUGAAAGACACCACAGAAGAGAAACAUGAAAAAUGUAUACAAUGCCGUAAAAUGCAGCAUGAACUGGAAAAGUAUAUUGUUUCUAAGCUUUUGGUUGUAGUAAUUAAGUGUUAUCAAAAGAACGGUAGGUGUCAAGUCUUCAGUGUGAGAAAGAUUUUUUUUUUUCCUUUUUUUUAAGAAAUGUUCCUUUUAACACUUUACCUCCGAUGCAGCCUGUGGUAGUUAAUAACGCUGCUUUCUGCACAAGUGCUUUGAGUAGUCUCAGCACCAAGAAUGUAUCCAAUCUUUCUUAGAUAUGACUUAGAUUAACUGAUUCUGUCUCAAGCCUCUUAAUCCAGCUAUCCAAAACCCUUUAAAUACUUGCAGAAGCAGGGCCAUAGCAUGUUAGGGGUAUAUUCCAUUUUGUGGCUUUUUUUUUUUUUGUUACUGCAUAUUUUUCAGUAUUCUUUUAAAUAAAUCCAUUAUGUCCUGUGAAUUCAAUAAACUCAGUUUACAAAUAAGCCUCUCUCAUCUUCCAGCACUGUCAUCCCCCCAAAAGUCCCCAUGACCCUUUGUGUAUGUUGUGGAGUCUAGAUGCACCAUUUAUCCAUUGGAGUGAAUUGUAUUUCUUUUGAACUAAAUGUUAUUGAAGCUAUUAUAAGGCCUUCUACCACUGAUUAAAUGAAGUAAUGUACCUUUCAAAGAGAUUUAUAUUGUGUAAAUAAUUUCAAACUGCAACAAUAAAGUUCGUUUCUAACUGCA